UCCUUUGAUAUAAUGUUGUCCUCGAGAUCCGACAACUCUAACAAUAAACAAAUCAGAUGAAAAGCAUUUCAAAAUUUAUUUACAAUAAUUAUUGCAAGUUUAAAAAAUUUCUAGUUUAGUAUGGGGGAUGAAAACAUUUAUCCCUCAAUUAACUCCGAAUCUGUCGAUGAAAGAAUACUUGCAAGAAGACAAAGAAUAGAAAAAACACUCGAAGAACGUAAAAAAGGUUUUUUACCAAAAGAUCAGCAAAGUGAAAAGAAUAAAGAGUUUUUGAAAAGCGAAACUCAAAUUAUACAAAGCAACCAAAGCUUAUCGCGUUUGAUCAGCGGAAGUUCAGAGUUGGUUUCAAAUGUGGAGAUUGCAUGUCAAGGAAGAUUAGUAACCCUUCGCGAAGAAGAGAAUUUAAGAAGAAAUCAAAGAUUAGUAAAACUUGAAAAUGAAUCUAAAGCUGCUGCAGAAAAGUUUUACAAUAUUGUUAAUAAAUGGGAUGUAUUGUUAAAAAAUGAGGAUUCUCAAAGUUUGCAUAAAAUUUUUUUAUCCCAGCAAAAAUCGUGCUACGAGUUGAUUGAGGGCAAAAAUGUAUUAAUUAGAGAACUUGAGCAUGAUUUGAAACAAAAAGACAAUCAGUUUAUUCAAGAUCUACUUAAUCAGGCAAAGGAUGUAGAUUUAAUACUGGAAAGAAUGGAAGAACAAAUGAAAACGCUAAAAAAAGCAUAUAGGCAUGAGCUAGAUAAUAUAGAAGAUGCAUUUUACUGUGAGCGAAAUGAUCUGCUUUGCACUCAAAAGAACAAGUGGCAACAAAAAUUAAAUUUAUGCCAUUUAAAAGAAGUUGAAUAUAUGGAAUUAAAAGAGAAGCGUGUGGAAGAAAUACAAAUGCAGAUGGAGAUGUUAAGAGUGCAAGAUGCUGAAGACUACAAUAUUUUAAAAGCAAAACUUGAAAAUGAGGUUCAGAUUCUUGAGCAAAACCUUCAACAGAUGAAAGAGACAUGCCAGUUAAAUCAAGAAAAGUUAGAAUAUAAUUUUCAAGUGUUGAAGAAAAGAGAUGAAGAAAACAUGAUUACUAAGUCUCAACAAAAGCGAAAAAUUACUAGACUUCAAGAUUAUCUAAACAAUUUGAAUCAAAAGCUGAAAAAGCAAGAAAAGCAAAGCAGUGAUGAAAAUCUAUCAUUUGAGUGUGAUUUGGCAAGAGUUAUUGAACAAUAUAAGGAGCUUCAGAAAAAGUUUUGUCAUUUUCAAAUAACAGAUAACAAAAGAUUUGAAGAUAUUUGGGUAAUGAAUGAAAAUUUAACAAUGGAUCUUAUUGACGAUGUUUUAAAGAUAGAUAAAAUUAUUACUGAACAGCAAUUAGGAUUGGAUUGGCAUGCCCCAAACUCAAAAUUUCUAAUAGCAAGUCCUUUUAAAAAGGACAGAGAUGUUUUGUUUACUGCAGAUCAAGAAGUUAGUUCUAUCAAAAGUAAUUUGGAAGAGAUUUCAUCAGUUGGCAAUCUUAAAAAUAUGUUGAAUAUUUUGUGCGAUGAGUCAGGUUUUCUUGUGGAGUCAAAACUUUCAAAACUACUUGCUCCAAUAAAUAAAAAUGAUCAAUCUUUAAUGACAUUGGAUGCUGUUUUUAAUGCUCUGAGUAUCAAGUCAGUAAGUGACAUGGAACUGCUAAGUCAGCAUUUUUUCAAAACUCAAAACUCAGAGAAUUUUAUUGAAAUAAAAAAUGGAACAAAAUCUGAAAAUGAAAAUUCUCAUGAAAUGAUCCAUCCAAAUAUAGUUGUUAAAGUUCUAAGGAGCUUUCUUGAAGAAAAUAUUACUGGAUAUGAAAGAACUCGGAUGAACUCGCAUAAAAAUAAAAUUAUCACUCAUGUCAACAACAGUGAAUAUUGGAAACAACUUGAAUCAGUUAUUGAUAUUAAAAAGGACCGUUUAUGGGAUGGAUUGACUGAAGGAUUUGAAUUAUACAAUAAAGUGUUAAACGAAAGAGCUUUGCUUAUUCAAGAUAAUGAGUUGUUACAUAAGCAGAAUGGUGAGUUGAAAAUUCUUCUACAUCAGUACUUAAGCUCAAAAAUUUUUUGUUUUUUAGACGAACCAGCAACUUUUGAUUCCUCCAGCCAAAGUGUUUUCUUUAGAAACUGAAAACCUCUCAAGAAAUUAGAUAAUCAAGAAAAAUGUAUAAGAACAAUGCAAAACAGAAAACAAAUUAUAAUUGGAGGGGGGAUAUUUUGUUAAUAUUUUUUAACAAAUUA